CAGGUCGUAUCGCGUAAAAUAGUGAUUUGUUUGUGGCCGUUUUUCUGGCUAUCCGAGAAAAAAGCGAUAACUGGGCGUGUAAGAAUCCCAAGUGACUACGAUUUUGUCUCCUCUGUAUCGCGUAUCAUUGUACAUACAAUGGAUACGAGCGGUGAGCAACCGCCCGCGAUUACGGCCGAGCCCGUCUCCAGCAACGAGCAAGAGCACAAUGACGAGACUAUGGAGGAGACGGAGGAGUACAAUUAUGACGGGGAUGAAUACAGGCAUUUCGUGCCGCGUGGCCGUGGCGGUUUUCGGGGUCGUGGCAGAGGUGGGUUUGAUUUCCCUAUGAGAGGUGGGCCUCCAAGGUUUAGAGGAAGAGGUUUUGGACCGCGUGGACCAAUGUUUCGUGGAGCAAAUAAUGGAUUUCCUUUCGAGGGUCCACCAAGACCAAAUUGUCCCCCUGGUCCAGCUGGACCAAGAUUUAGAGGUCCACCACCAUUUGAUCCCAGCUGGGGACCCAUGGGACCACCAAAUCUGAUGGGACCUCCAAAUUUAAUGGGUCCUCCAGGAAUGCCACCACCACAUAUGAUGAACGGUCCUAUCGGUACAGGACCAGGUCCAUAUGGACCACCUCCUGGAAUGGGACCACCUAACAUGAAUAGCAUUCCAGGACAACAACAGCCACCUCAACAACAAUCGCAGCAGCAAACAAACAUUCCAGGUCUAGAUCUCAAUGGAGAGGUAUGGGUAGAAACCAAAACAUCUGAUGGCAAAUCUUAUUAUUACAAUAUUCGUACAAGAGACACUACCUGGACUAAGCCAGAGGGACCAAAUGUGAAGGUCAUGGUGCAGGAUCAGUUGGAACAGUUGGUACAUGGUGCAUCGAAACAAGCCGCACGUUCUACCACACCUACUUCAUCAAAUAGCACACCGACUCAAAUAAGUGAAAAUAGAAUUUCUCAAUCAGGCGAGCAAUCAUCUUCUAAUAACACAGAUGCCAUUAAUCAAUUAAGUACCGCACCUCCUGGUACUGGACCACCUCCUACAUUGAACGAUGCUCCAGACGUCAAUAACCAAGCAUCUGACACAAAUCAGUCUAAUGGUACAGCACCCACGACAGUUGCUAAUACACCACCAAUGAACACACCGGCUGUAAAUACAAAUAUGAUGCAACCACCUCCGAAUAUGAUUCCUAUGCAACACAGAAUGCCGAAUCAAUUUGGUGGUCCGAUCGCUACGCAAUUUGGAACAGCACCCUUCGGAAUGCCGCCGCCUGGUUUCCAGCCCUUUGGUGGUUAUGGACCACCGCAAACAAAUUGGGGUAUGCCACAAAUGCCCCAUGGUGUAAUAACACCUCAAGCACCUGCUGAGGAUCCCGCUAUAUUGGCGCAACUUGACUCUGAAUUAGUGGCAUCCGCUAUAGUUUGGACCGAGCAUCGUGCUCCAGACGGCAGAUUAUACUAUUACAAUAGUAAAGCUGGAGAAUCAGUAUGGGAAAAACCGCAAGCUCUCAAAGAUCUCGAAAAUGCAAAAUUGGCUUUGCGGCAAAAGAACGAGGAAGCUAAUUCUGUACCUACCACUACCGCUGUUACAACUACUACCGUUACCAGCAAUAACACUGCAAUUGAACCUAAUAAACAAGAGAAACAGCAGGAGAAUACUCAUGAAACCAAAGAUAGUACGAAAGACGCGGAUAGCAGUAAAACGAAGAAGGAAGAAAACAUUGUGAAAGAACCUGUGAAGCCUCAAGACAAGUCUAGACCAAUAUCUAGUACGCCGGUGCCUGGAACUCCAUGGUGUGUCGUUUGGACGGGUGACGGACGAGUAUUUUUCUACAAUCCAUCUUCGCGAAUAUCAGUCUGGGAAAGACCGGAUGAUCUUAUUGGUCGUCAGGAUGUGGAUAAGAUGGUGGCAACUCCACCGGAUGCAGUCGGUCCGGCUAAACCAGCACGUCAAUCGGACACUAGCGAAAGCAGCGACGAUGAUCAACCCUCGGCAGCUAAGAAAAUAAAACUCGAUGAUACCAAAGGUACACCUGUAAAGGAAGAGGAAGAAAAGGAAGGAAAGAAGACUAUCGACAUCGGUAAAGAAGCCGCGAUAGAAGCUGAAGUGAGAGCAGCCAGGGAGAGAGCGAUAGUUCCGUUGGAGACCAGGAUCAAAUCGUUCAGAGAUAUGCUCGCAGAAAAAGAUGUGUCUGCAUUCAGUACUUGGGAAAAAGAACUCCACAAAAUAGUAUUCGAUCCGCGUUAUUUACUUCUGACGUCGAAAGAAAGAAAACAAGUUUUCGAAAAGUACGUGAAGGAGAGAGCAGAAGAGGAAAGGCGGGAAAAGAGGAAUAAGAUGAAAGAACGUAAGGAACAAUUUCAAAAACUUCUAGAAGAAGCUGGACUACAUGGAAAGUCGUCAUUUAGCGAUUUUGCUCAAAAACACGGAAGGGAUGAGCGAUUUAAGAAUGUAGAAAAGAUGCGCGAACGAGAAAGCCUUUUCAACGAAUAUCUUCUGGAAGUGCGAAAGCGGGAGAAAGAAGAAAAAACAGCCAAGCGUGAACAGGUGAAAAAGGAAUUCAUUGCGAUGCUGCGUGAGCACAAAGACAUCGACAGGCAUUCGCACUGGAGCGAAUGUAAGAAAAAGUUGGAAACGGAUUGGAGAUACAGAGUCGUAGAAUCGGCGAGCACGAGGGAGGAUUGGUUUAGAGAUUACAUUCGCAUUCUGAAGGAUGAACGGAAAAAGGAGAAGGAGAAAGACAAAGACCAUCGGCACAGAGAGAAAGAUCACAAGACGGAGAAGAAGGAUAGAGAUCGUAAGGAAUCAGACAGGGGUAAAGACACUAAAUCCACCAAGGACAAAAUUGACAAGGAUAGUGCAAAGGAAAAGAAGCAACGUAGAAGCGAGGCACCCACCGAGGAAAACGGAAAGGACAAGAAAGAAGCAGUUGUUGAAAAAGAGAGCGGCGAAAUCGAGGAGAGUGAUGAGAAGAGUGCCAAAAAGGAUAACGACAAGGAGGACGGGGACGACCAUUCUGAUUCGGAAGAGGAUCGUGAGAAGCAGAAGAGAGAACGAGAGAGACGGGCGGAAGCCAGCCUUCGAGAGAGGGAGAGGGAAGUGCAGAGGACACUCGCCACGCAUCUGCGCGAUCGGGACAAGGAAAGACAGCAUCACCGCCACACGGAGGCGGUCCAGCACUUUAGUGCCCUUCUCGCCGAUUUGGUGAGAAACGGUGAUUUGGCAUGGAGGGAGGCGAAACGACAGUUAAGGAAGGAUCACAGAUGGGAAUUGGCUGAAAGUUUAGACCGCGAGGAAAAGGAGCGCCUGUUUAACGAGCAUAUCGAGCAGCUAGGUCGCAAAAAGCGCGACAAAUUCCGCGAAGUGCUCGAUGAGGUGGGUGCGUCGACAGAAUUGACAGCAUCCUGGAAGGAUAUAAAAAAAUUGCUCAAGGAUGAUCCUAGAUACUUGAAGUUUUCUUCUAGUGACCGGAAAUGCGAAAAGGAAUUCAAGGAAUAUAUCAAGGACAAACUGGUUGCCGCUAAAGCAGAUUUUCGGGAACUUUUGCAAGAAACGAAAUUAAUCACCGACAAGACGUACAAAAAGGUUCAGGAAAAUGGCGCUUGUUUAGCGGAAAUUGAAGAAAUUUUAAGGAAGGACCGGAGAUUCCUCGUGCUUGAAGCUGCGGCCGCCGAACGUACCCGUUUGCUGAUGGGUUAUCUGGAAGAGUUGGCGCGUAGAGGUCCUCCGCCACCUCCUACUGCCUCGGAGCCAUCCAGAAGACCAACUACAAAUUGAAGCAUGUUGCGUGUCGAAACAUGGUAUAUACAUCUGCCGUUGCGGCGACAAAUGGAUAAAUUUAUAACUAUAGUUGGAUUGUAUAUCGAGGCGCACACAGAUCUGCGUAAUAGCUUUACGGCAAAAAUCGCGCCAUUUUAAAGCGUAUAGGCAUUCAGUUAAAUGACGAAACUCUCGUGCUAAAUGAUCGAUUGACGACGGCUCGUGUGAUCGAGAUGAAAGCAUCUUUAAAUCUAUGAUAAGUUUCUCAACUUAGAAUGGCACAACUUUGUGUGUUUGGUCUACUGUGCCGAUCUGUGUACCUCAUACAGGCAAGAUUAUUGUCUACAUAGGAUUCAAUAAUAAAAUUAACGCCAAUUACACAUAGCUAGAAUUGUGUUGCGUUAUAAGAUAUUGUAAUGCAAGCGUAUUGUUUGUUGAAUAAUAUUACACAAGUCCCUCUUGUGAAAAUUAA